UUGGAAGAAAAAAUCCAAGCGUUAUCGCGUGAACGAUCGACCUUCGACAGUACUUUGGCGGAACUCGAAGACGCGCUGCAAGCCAAGCGAGAUUAUGCCAACCAACGCCGCCUAAAGAAAUCAAAGCGGGAAAAGCAAUACCAUCACUUUUAUUCUAUCCCAAUGAUAGCCAGUCGAUACGAAAAGAAAUACAUUCGUGCCCGAGACAAGAACGCUCAAGCGGAAGAUCAGUUGUGCGAUAUCCGAAAGGCCAUUGAUCAAUUGCAUGUAUCGACUCGAGAGAUGGAUAGCUUGCAGCACCGCCAACAACUGCAAAUCGACACGGUUACUGAGCAACGGCAAACCUUCACAUCUGAAAUGUCGAUAGCGGAAGAACGACUCCAAUUUAUGAAAGAAGGUCAAGCAUUCUGGAACCAUACCGCUACCCACCAAGGAUUCAAACUUUUGCAAGCCUGCGAACGCUUGAAGGUGUCCUCCAUAGCCGAUAUCCAUGAGCAGAAUAGUUUGGCAUCAUUUCAAAUGACUUGUGUAGAGUACGACGAAUCGGUAGCCUAUGGAGAGUCACGGUGGGAUCCCCGCCAUCUUGAAAUGGAAUUUUCUUGCACACAGUGCUCGUCGUGGCAAAAUGGUUGGCCGAUGGUUGAUCCCGCUCACACAAAUGCUCUUCUCUGCCAAUCUUGCGUUGAAAAUAUGCAGGUGUCC